AUGACCUCCUUUACAGAGAAAGCACACCAAACCUUCGUGAUCGGAGAUGAUCUUGCAGCGUUGGGCUCGGCUUCCAAUCCUAUCGUGAUCCAUGUUAACGAGGUUGGUACGGUGAUGAACCAGGCCGGCUUGGUUCCGUUGCCGACCCUAAGAUCAUGGCUACGCCGGGAUUCUGGGAGACGUUGA